GUUUGAGUAGAAAUCUUCGCCAAGGCAGGAAAAUGUCCAGCGCCAAACUCAUAGAGAAUCCAGAAGUGCCGGGACUCGAAACUUAUCUGCCACCACCUCCGCCACCGCCGCCGCCGCCACCACCGCCUCCCCCGCCCCCGCCACCGCUGUCUUCUGCAAACAAAUCCUCGAACAGCAAUGUACAAUCGACAACGACGCAACAGCAACGACCGGCGGUAAAUGAGAACAUGAUGGCAGUCACCCCGGUGGCGAUCGCGACUGAUGGGACGUUCCCGAAUUCUAUGCCACCGAAUCCGUACAUGCUACAUCCAACAAUGCAUCCGCAAACUCCCGGACAACAGCCAACCCAGCCCCCCUGGUGGAUACCGAGCGAUAAUGAUACUUCAGAACUUUAUACUCCGUGGUACGAUCCGACUUACAAGGGUUCACCUGCUGCACCAGUGGCAUCUCCCGCGGUGACCGCAGUAGGAAAAAACAAGAACAAGAACUUUUACAAACGCAAAAACGAGUUUAUAGAUCCAGCACAGGACGCAGAGAAAGUGGCGAGCGCGCAAAGGGAACUAUCGGCAUUAAUGAAACCACUCAAAUGUGAUCUGUGCAAUGCAGUCAUGAACUCCACGUUACAAGCGAAACUACACUAUGACGGCAAGCCGCAUCAGAAAAAAGUAUCGAUGUUUCUCAAUCAGAGCGUUAAAAAACAGAAAACGGAAGACGGCCAAGUGAGCAGUACGACCAAUAACGACUGGCAAAACUACUGUGAUAUAUGCAAAACAUGGUUUACGUCGCAAACUGACGCCACGCAACACUACGCGGGCAAAAAGCACAUUAGGGCGGCGAACGGCGGGCCUCGCGCGAGGCCAUCAAAGAAGCUGCCAACUCAAAACCAGUACAGUCAGGUGGAUUCGACAGGUCGCUUUGGAAUUGGAACGGCCUUUCAAACGGACGUGCAAUCCGCCCCGGCUGCGACACCGAUUGUAUCUGACGGUGUAGCCACUGUGCCGAAUCCAGCUGCGGUACCAUCAAUAUACACGUCACCACCGUAUCCUACGCCAUUGCGCUGCGACUUAUGUCAAGUUUCAGCCAAUCGUCAGGAUCAAUUGGAGACACACAAACGCGGAGCCCGACAUUUGAGAAUGCUCAGGCUCAACGGACUCCCCAUACCUGAACCCGCAGCUGAAAAUGAGAACACGUCUAACGUCUCGGAACCUAUAGAUUAUUCUAUUUAUCGGACACCAUCAGGACAGUAUUACUGCGCACCGUGUAAUGUAUCGUUAAACUCGGAGACCACGUUCGCUCAGCACGUCGAAAGCAAGAAACACAAAAAUCAAGCUAAUCCAAAGUCACCGAACGCCGUGGUGGCGGCAAAGAAAGCUAGAUUCAAGAAAAAAUAAAAACGUGAUAAUGAUAUUGCUUUCUAAUACAAUGCACAGCGUUUCAACUGUUUUUUGUUGUUUGUCCAACUUUGAACCUUGCAUUUGUUAUCGUCGUGUACGCGCUUUGUCCGUUACGGUUGUACAAAGAGAUACACAAUAUUCAUUCUUAGUUAAGUGUAAUAAAUUCUGCUUUAUUUGA